AAAGCUUUUAACGAUGUUGGUGCCCACCGAAGGAGCUCGCCUUGUUCCCCAACUGGGCAGGUACUGCGGAGAGCGAGUAGCUGCCCGCAGGGCGGCUGUUAUGAGGGGACUUCGGGAGGUGGCGACAGCCUUGCAAGAAAUCCUUCGGGAGGUUGAAUUGCAAGAGCCGCGCGUCAUUUCAUCAUUGGCUGAAGUCAACGGACGUUACGAAGGAUUGCAUGUUUUAUCGCCUACCGAGUUCGAGGCAAUUCUUUACCUCAAUCAAAUGGGAGAGUUCAAUUUCGUCGAUGACGGAAGUUUUCCCGGAAGUGCAGUUUUAAAACUCAGUGAUGGACGAAAGCGUUCCAUGUCGUUGUGGGUAGAAUUUAUAACCGCAUCAGGUUAUUUAUCUGCGAGAAAGAUGCGAGCGCGUUUACAGACAUUAGUGACUGCAGCAGUUGAAAAAGCUGGUAAUGGCGUGAAAGUUGUUUCCGAUAAUAGUGAAGUGAAAUUGCGUAUAAGGGACAAGUUUACAGUGCAAUUAAUACCGGCAUUCAAGUGUUCCGGCGUCUGGCCUCGGUCUGCCGCCCACUGGCCAACACCUCAUAUCCCAUGGCCAAACCCUCAGCACGUAGUUGAGGUAAAGGCCGAGGGUUUCGACUUGGUAAGCCGCGAGGGGCACCGUGGCAGCGGAGGGCUCGAGGCGGACGCCUGGGUGAUGGCCUUCACGGACGCUGAGCAGAGACUUCUGCAAGGGGGCAGCAGACGCAAGUGCUUGUCUUUUCUGAAGGCGCUCAGAGACAGGCAUUUGGCAUUGGUGGGGGACCCAGUUCCUGCUCGAGUCCUGACGGCCCUUAUCUUACAUGAGUGUGAGAAGCACCCCAGUGAGAGCGAAUGGGUUGAAGCCGCUUUAGGAGAGCGACUUUUGGGCGUGAUGCUGCAACUGAUCACGUGUCUACAGUGUCGGAGGUGUCCUCAUUAUUUCCUACCUGGAAUAAACCUAAUAAAGGCGCCACCAGCGGCUUUAGAAGCUGCAGCUCGACAGGCUUGGAAGCUUGCACGGGAUCUACUCACGAAUCCCAAAGGAAUUGAAAAACUCUAAUUUUAAAAGAACGUGUGAUUCGUGAAGAGCCACAUAGAUGUGAGUGAACGUGUACUAAUACCAAAAUUAUAAUCAAAUUCAAUGCAUGAUUAAAAUUGUCAAUUCGGAUGUAGAGACUGCAAAAAUUCGUUUCAUGAAAUACUAUCCCUAUACACAUAAGAGUCAUAACGCAGUGAAAUAGCAAUCUUAGAAUUUAAAAACUAAUGUUAGAUAGUGUUUUUUAACUGCAAAAUUGACGCACGGUCGCUAAGUUCAUUUGAAUUUUUCAUGCUCAUCAAUGAAGCCAUGUAUAGAUUGAAAUAUGUUGAUAAUUUGUUAUAUUUUGUUCAUGCAAUGCUAGCAGUGCAUUUUCAUUGGAAAGCUGACAAGGCGCUCUAACGUUGUGAAGUUGUUAUGUUUCUAUUAUAGAGCUGUGAUAUACUUAGUUCCAAGUAUCUGUGUACAUAAGUUUUGCAAAUAUUCGACUGUGUAGAGUAGUGUGCAGAAAUAUUACGUACCUAUAGCACCUUAAUAAUAUUUGAAUCGACGAUUAAUUCACUCUUAAAAUGAUUAGGCGGUGCAACUCAAAUUUUACGUAUUUACCCCUGAAUUUAUUUUUAAAAUGUAAGUCUACGUACUGCGAUGACCUUUGCUAUGAUGCAUUCUACAUUGAUUUAUUUUAAAGAUGUUCAUUAUAGAGAAAUUCCAUUUUCAAAUGAUUCUGAUCGAACUCGGAGUAUACGCAUUCAACCUUGAAUUUAAUUCGAAAUUUUAAGGAUACGUACUGCGAUGCCAAAACCGUAAACGUUGAGAAAUUAAAAUUUGAUUUAUUUCAUGAAUGUUCAUUUUAGAUUAAUUCGCUCUUCCAAUGAUUAUGAUGGAACUUGAAGUAUACGUGUUUUCCCCUGAAUUUAAUUUGAAAAUCUAAGGCUAUAUAUCUGCGAUGCCAAACCUUUAGCUUUGACGAAUUUUACCUUGAUUUAUUUUAGAAGUUUUUGUAUUAGAUAGCGAAGCAUAUAGUAUUUCAAGUUGCUUCAUUGUAUAGUUGAGAAUAACUAUCCAUCACUGAAUAGUCAUGACGAUUAACUUAUUAUAUAUAACAUAAUUGUUUUGUAGGCGUGUAAAGUACAGACUUUAGCGCAUUAA